GGAAAGUUCUCAGCUCCUCUGAGAUCGCAAGAAUUCUUUUGGCAUUUGCUAUGCUAGCAUAGCAUCGACUCCAUGCAGGAUCCCAUCAUGAGGAAUGGCUAUUACAACGUGGUGGCGACUGUGCUGUUGGUCAUGAAUUUUGAGAGAACGAGAUCAGUGCAAGAUCUCUGUGGCCUCUGUCCAGCUGGAACUUUCUGUGGAAAAAGCAAGAAUCAGACUUGCAUUCCCUGUCCUUCCAACAGCUAUUCCAGCACAGGCGGACAGAGAGCCUGCAACAUAUGCACGAAGUGUGAAGGUUACCACAGGGUCAAGAAGCCGUGCUCCUUCACCAGCGACACAGAGUGUGACUGCAUCUCAGGAUUCCACUGCUUGGGGGCAGGAUGUGCCAUGUGUGACCCAGAUUGUAAACCAGGCCAGGAACUGACAGCAGACGGUUGUAAAGACUGUAACCCUGGGACAUUCAACGAUCAGGAAGGUGGUGUCUGUAGACCCUGGACAAACUGUUCACUGGAUGGAAAAUCAGUACGUGAGAAGGGGACCAAGGACAGCGAUGUGGUCUGUGGACCUGCUCUGCCGGACAUCUCUCCAGGGCGCUCUGCGCAGGUCCUCACCUUCUUCCUGGCGCUGACCUCGGCCGCGGCGGUGUUCCUGCUGAUCUUCCUCGUGCUCCGGCUCUCCAUGGUCAAGUGGAGCAGGAAGAAGUUCCUGUACCUAUUCAAACAACCAUUUAUUAAACCAGUACAAACUGCCCAAGAGGAAGACGCCUGUAGUUGCCGGUUUCCAGAAGAAGAAGAAGGAGGGUGCGAACUGUGAAGUGAAAUCCCAAGAGCUGUCGGAACUCGCCGGAAAGAAGCCAGAGAAAUUGAGUGAUCUCACUGUCAUGUCCUUUUAGAUUGAAAAGUGUCACACUAGAAAGCACCCAGCAUUGCCCCUGAUGAGUCUUCUCUGAUGCUAAUGAGUUGGCCUUUACAAAGGUUCCACUCUUAACAGAAGCAGGGGGCAGCGUUGGUGGUGAAUGUAAGAUGCUACUUAACAGGACUCCGCUAGGUUUUUGAAACCCAUAAAAAAAAGAUAGUCUUAAGUCAAUCCCAUCAGGGGCUGGGGAUGGAGCUCAGUGCUGAGCGUGUGUAAGGACCUGGGUUCAAUCCCCAGCCCCACAAACAAACAAACAAACAGAAACAGAGAUUUCAAUUCAGUCACAUGGGCAGUGGUCCAGCCAAAAUUACCAUCAAAACCAAUGCAGGUUUUUUUUGUGUGUGCUAAGGGACAUGUGACCAUAAGCCGAAGAAUAAGCAGUAGAUAKUCCCUACCAGAUUUUCCAUUACCGUCAUUAACACAGUGAUGUCCUCCACUGUCAGCAAUGAUGAGAGCCCCUAAGUUUGGGGUCGAAGGAGACAUCACAGAAUUUAAAUAUUUUUGCCUGGGCUGGGGUCCUCUUCAUACCCUCACCUUCUGCCGUUGUCCCUCUGAGCCGUUACAUUAAUCAAUGGGGCGUGCCUGAAAAGCAUGAAGUUCAAGGGAAGAGGAGCCCCUGGGCACUCAACCCAGCCCAAGCACUAGUGCAGGGCACCAAGCUCCCACGGCCUCCUCUGGCCACCAUUUGCCUUUGUAUGGCUUAUGAGUCAGGAUGGUUUUCGCAUUCUUAAGUGGUUAAAAAUAAGAGUGAUAUCUCAUGGCACAUAGAAUUAUUGGAAACUCAGAUUUCAUAGCCCAUAAAUAAAAUUUUAUGGGCACCCAGCUACCUCCACACACCUGKUCAAAAGCCACCUUUGCACGACAGUGUGGCAGAGUAGAGGACUUGUGUCAGAGGCUGUAGAGUUCCACAAUGUCUAAAAAUUUGAUAUCUGACCCUUUGUAGGGUCAAAGUCAAGGUCAGCGGAUCCAUCAGAAUGCAACCUCCCUCCUCAUCUUCUGCCCACUCCCAGGCAACCUCUCUAGAAAAUCUGGAAUCUUUUUCUUGCUUCAAAAAAAUCAUUUAKUAUUUAAUUUUGUGUCCUAAAACUGUUGUUUAGCUGUGUUUAUUUUUGAGCUUUGUGAAAAUGAUA